AUGUCCUUCCUCUCCGAAUUACAAGCUUACUCGCAUCCAAAACUUCGACACACUACGACACGUGUUACAAAUUUUUUAGGUCAAAUACAUCGUGAAUCAAAGUCUGAAGAUGGAACAUUUCAAAUCUCUGACAGAUCAACCGAUUCGAAUGGUAUAUUUAUGAUAAUCGAUAAUUCUCCUGAUGAGAAACUUCACUAUGUCAUCGAUGGUGUUUAUAUUGGUUCGCAAGAUUCAGCCGUUAAUAGAGCGGCCCUCAAUGAGUUUAAAAUAACACAUAUAGCGAAUGUUGCUACUGGGAUCCGUAAUGCAUUUCCUGAACAAUACGAAUAUUUAAAUAUUGAAUUAUUAGACACACCUGAAACGAAUAUUCGUAACGUAUUUGCACGAACCAAUGAAUUUAUACAACAAGCGAUUGACAAUAAUGGACGUGUUUUAAUUCAUUGUAAUGCAGGUAUCUCACGUAGUUCUUCUAUUGUAUUAGCUUAUUUACUUGAAAUACAUCGUAUGAAAUAUGAAGAUGCAUAUGAACUACUGAAAAAAGCACGUUCUAAUAUUAGACCAAAUGACGGAUUUGCCAAACAGCUGAAAGAGUAUGCUGCAGAAAUAGCGCAAAGAACUGAAAAUCAACCAUCAACAGCUAGUUAA